CACCGUAAAAAUUUAAAACCACUUUCUCUUCGUAAAACAGAGCAGUAUGUGACUAGCCUUCAUAAUAAAUUGAUGCAUGUUUACAGUCACGCCAUGAAACUGUCAAUUUUACAGCUCUUUGCCAUUUUAUACAUAUUUACUUCUUGCAACUGCAUUGGGUUCAUCAGAGAUUUGAUCCAGUUCAACGUUGCUGGCAUUCCUGAAAUCCACAAGACAUCUUCAUUUCCAUUCGAUCCAGACACAGGAAUAAGGAAGUCGAAACAGUAUCAAGAAUUAAAUGGGAGAUUUGGAGAAAAAGCAAUCGAAAGAUUGGGACUAGGGAAUGAUGGAAAAGAACAAGAGCGCUUGGAAGAACAGCACAGAAGAGACCAAGGGCAGCUUGGAGGUGUUAGGGAAUAUUUACCCUGAUUGAGAUUGCUGAAAGAUACACUAUGGUCUUUUAAUUUAAAUUUAUAAGCUUCGAUCUAGUCUGUUCUAGUCUUUGUUAGUUGGCACAAUCAAAACCCCCUGUUUAGCUGCUAUAAAACCAUUUCAAAAAGUGUGAGAUUUUUAAAAAUAAAUGAUUUAUAUGGUA